GUCCUUGAAAUGUAUUUUGCAUUUCUUUGAUUAUUUGUCCUUGGAAAUGUAUUUUGGAAAAAUGGGAAGAAAAAGAUUGGAUAAUUGUGUGAAAAAUCUAAACAAGAAGACAGAAGUCACAUGCAGAGGGAGACAUCUAAAGAAGUAAUCACAUCCUACUUCCCACAUGGAUUCGUGAUAUGACAAAGCGUCUGUAUCUCCAAUUCUCAUGAACAAUCUCUCUCAUUUCUUAUAAUUAUUAUUAUUAUUAUUAUUCAUCAGAAAGAAACUAUAUUACUUAAGAUAAUCUAAAGGCUUUUCAGUCUUUAAGAGUGAGAGAGGAAUUGGAACAAACAAAAUAGUUCUUAUGUGGCUGUCUUUUAGUUUUGUUCUCUGAGCAGAACCAGAGGUAAAAACAUUUUUGCAGAGAUUCCUUUGUUCUCUUCGGCUUAUUAUGAUUCUUCUUAUUGGCUUGGCGGUUUCUUUCUCUACCUUAGGUUUGUGAAAUUCUUGAAUGCACAUUCUUCUCUCAUCAUUCAUUGAUCUCCUUCUUGGAGGGCAUCCAGUUAUCAGACAAAAAGACAUUUUGUUCUGUAAUGAGCUUUUCUUGUUCUUUUUGGAGUUGAGUGGGAUUUAAGAAUCUAGGGGUUGAAAAUAGGGUUCAAUAGAUCCAUAGGUUUCUGUUAGCCUAAGACUUUAGACUUUUGAUUCUGAAUCAGAAUAUCGAAAAUCACACUCAUUAAAGUGGUAAAAGUUUUGAACUUUUGCUACGAGUAGAGACAAUAAUGCAACUUUUUUUCACUACACAAUUUACCAUUUAUUUAGCAAAAGUGCGAACUUUCAAUUUUUUUUGUCGUUGAUAGGGAUGUUAAGCUGUAAUUUAGCUGGAGAGCAAUGGCGUUCACAUUGAGCCAUUGUCAGUGCCAAAUUUUAUUGGAAUCUGAAUUGAUUAAAAAGAUGAAACCUUUUUGGAACUAUAUGAAAUAUGGAAAGUGGCGUCAUUCUCGUUAUGGUUCAAUCAAUGGUGGUGGUUGCUAUUGAUGGAGAUAUAACGAAAGCUUACGUUUUUCCCCAAAUUAGGUUUGUUGGAAGCAUAAAUAAAAGAGUAGACACUGUCACCUACAGAAAAAAGAGUUCAAAUUUUUCUCCCUUUUUAUUGUUGUUGUUGUUGUUGUUGUCAGUAGCAAGUUCAGGCCCCGGAGAAUCUUCCUGGUUUGAGGUGGAUAAAUCCCAGAUUUCUUCACACCAUUCCCAUGGCUGCGAAGCUUCUGCAUACGUUGGCAGAUGAGAACAAGAAAUUUGGAUGUAUGAAUGGGAUUUUCCAAAUCUUCGAUCGUCACCAUGUUCUAACAAGCCGGCCUAAAAGUCUUACUUUAGGUAAUGUACAUGUCAAUAGUAUCAACUUAGACUCUGUUGAUGCAAUUUGUCACCAAAGAUCAGCAUUUCAGUUUCAAGACUCAAACAUUACUAGCGGAAAUGGGUCGAGCGAGAAACUAACAAGGGUAUCAACCGAAGCUUCAAAGGUAUCUUUCUCAUCGUCGUGUUCAUCAUCUUCCCCGUUAUCUUCUGAGGUCAACAGAGAAGUUCAGCCUGAAAUUUCCACGGAUGACCGAGUCAUUUUUCCAGAAUCUCCUGCAAGUGAUCCAACAAUGAGCCAAGGAAGUGGUACACGUAUGGGACUUGACCUUAGAGAUGUUGUUAGAGAUUCUAUGUAUAGAGAAGUUAGAGGGCUCUCUGAAGUAUGUAGACACAACAAAAGAGAUGAUUCUCCAAGACCCUAUGGUUUGAAGCAAUCCACGCCUGUAGAUUUCAAUGAAUCCUGCAGAGCUCUAGCCAAACUUAGAAAAACAUCUCAUCAUUAUUACAAUGAGGCUGACAUGAAAGACGCAUCUCGUUACUAUGUUGAUUCUCGCGGAAAGUCGAAAUCCGGGAAAAAGCUGAAAGAGUUGCCUAAGCUUUCGUUGGACAGUAGAGACCACAUUGAUCUCAAAUCAGGUAAUAAGCUUUUUGAAAGUUUAAGCAGAAGCUCUAGCAUGAACAAAGUUUCUGGUAGCCCGAAGCGGCCUCCUAGUGUUGUUGCAAAGCUAAUGGGUUUGGAAACAUUACCGGGUUCUCCUUUGGGCAGAGACAAAAUAAACCUAGACAAAAUAAACCUGUUUGAUGAUAACAGUGAUCCGUUCUCAAGAUCAUUGAGGGAAAAUAGCCUGAACCGUUCUCUCCGGUUUUCUCCUAGCUCACCAAGAAGCUUAGGGAAGGACCCUGCUUCUUCUUCUUCUCCAAGAUGGAGAAGCUCUGAGUUUGUUAUGAAACCCUUGUCAAGUUUGAGAUAUCCCAUUGAACCAGCUCCAUGGAAGCAAACUGAUAGAAACCGGUUUUUGCCAAAGCAAGCCUGCAGGCCUGUGAAAUCUCUGUCACAGUCAAUGGAGGGAAGAUUGAAAGAUCUCGAGUUUAAACAUUCUGGAAAAGAUCUCAGUGCUCUUAAAGAGAUAAUAGAGGCAAUGCAAUCAAAAGGUCUCUUUGAUACUCGAAAGCAACCACAAUGCAUAAACUUGGAAGCUCAAAGAGAUUAUGAAAUGGCAGAUUCUGCAACUUCUAACCAUGAUUCAGGAGACCUGCGUAACCCGGUGAUGCCAUCCAAAAAGAGAGGCCCAAUUGUGAUUAUGAAACCUGCCAGACUUGUUGAGAAAUCUGGUAUUCCUUCAUCAUCUCUGAUUCCCAUUCACAGUCUAUCAGGUCUUCAUAAGACCUGCAGAGAAGAACCUGUAAACGGUAGAAAAAAUUCAACAAGUAGAAAGGCAGCAAAAGAUCGUAGUCAUGGAAACCAAAGAGCUGAAUCAUGUAUCAGUUCUGUUGAUAAGAAAUCUAGCAGCAGACAAGUGAGGUCUUCUCAGCUUUCCAGAGAAAGCACUUCAAAGAAUUCAGGAUCUACAAGUCCAAAACUGCAGCAGAUGAAGCAUGAGCAUGAGAAGGACAAGCGUUCUCGGCCACCAACCUCUCCAUCUGAUUCAAGCAAAUCAAGAAAACAAACAAACCGACAACCUGCGGAAUCCACUACUUCACCUGGUGGUAGGCGUAGCAAACCCAGGGAUCAGAGGAGCUUGCAGCAAAAUGAUGACCAACUUAGUCAAAUGAGCAAUAAAUCCAGGACUGAAACAGAAGCCACCGUGAGUAUCAAAAAUGGUGGAAAGAGUCCAUCCGUAAUGGAAGCAGCCAAAGCUGUAGUCUCAAACUUAAUACAGAAUAUGUCCAGUCCUACUUUAAGUGAAGAUGGAUCAUCAGAACAUCCCAGUCCAGUUUCUGUUCUCAAUGCAACAAUCUACAGAGAGAUCGAACCAUCUCCUAUGAAAGUCCAAACUUGUGAAGGCAGUGUUAAUGGCCUUAUUGAGUCAGGUGUUGAACAUUACGAGGAGGACCAGUGGAAUCCAGCUUAUAGCUUCUCAAAGACAACAACCAGCUUUUCGCCAGAGAUGAACCGAAAGAAGCUUCAGAAUGUUGAACUUUUGGUUCAAAAGCUAAGAAGACUAAACUCUAGCCAUGACGAAACCAGCCAAGAUUACAUUGCAUCUCUAUGCGAGAACAUCGAUCCUAGUACAGAUCAGAGAUACAUUUCUGAGAUCCUUUUAGCCUCAGGUCUUCUCCUCAGAGACCUCGGCUCAGGAUUAACAACUUUUCAACUGCACCCUUCAGGCCACCCAAUCAAUCCAGAGCUGUUCCUUGUUCUUGAGCAAACUAAAGGAUGCAGCAACAGCAGCAAUGAAAAGUUAAACCGCAAACUUGUGUUUGAUGCUGUUAAUGAAAUGCUUGUGAAGAAGCUCGCUUAUGUUGAGAGCACUACAGAUCCAUGGAUGAAGCAAGCUAAAGCGAGGAAGAAUGUCUUAAGUGCGCAACAUCUCUUGAAAGAGCUAUGUUCAGAGAUAGAGACACUACAGAAGCAAGCUAAGAAGAGAUCAGAAAACUUCUUGUUGUUGGUGGAAGAAGAAGAAGAAGAUUUCUUGAAAUGUAUUUUGGAUGAAGAUAUGGCAAUCCGAUCUGGGAAAUGGACAGACUUUGAUGAUGUAAUCCCGGGUUUAGUGCUCGACUUGGAGAGGCUUCUCUUCAAAGAUCUGGUGAGUGAGAUCGUGCACGGUGAGAUUGGUCGGCUGCAAGCAAACUCAAGGAGACAGAAAACGUUUUCCACUGAUGAGUAGAUAUUGAUUCAUAAGCUCGUAUUUUUGAAACUGUAUUCUAAAGCCGUAUAUAUACAAGUCAAAUAGUCAUGAAACCAUUCUCUAUAAUAAUCUCUUUCUUUCUGAGUCU